CCGGUGAAGAGAACGCCUGUGAUGAUGGUGCCUGACAGCGGUCACGUGGAUGCUCUGUAUCGCAGUUCCUAGUUCUAGUCUCGGCACCGCCGGACUGACAUUACAGGACAGUUUGCACUAACCUGUCACAGCCAUGCUGUCAGCCCUGGGCUUGGGAUCGCGGGUAUCCUACCACGAAAUGGGGAAAGAAGACAAGAAAUACAAUCCUGAAAAAACAGUAUCUUUCCUUAGCCGAAUCACGUACUGGUGGUACAACAGAGUAAUAACUUUGGGCUAUCAUAAACCACUGGUGAGAGAAGAUCUUUUUGAACUGAAUAAUGAUGAUUCCUCCUAUGUUGUAUGUUCACACUUUGAAAACAAAUGGAGGCAGCAAGUACAGAUGUCACAGAGGAUUUCAAAGGUAUCAGGAGAUAAGGAGGCCCGGUUUGGGAAAACCUACAAACCAUCGCUGGUCAAUGCUCUUUGGCAAAACUUCCGAUCCAUGUUGAUCCAGAUUGCACUUCUAAAAGUUCUGGCAGAUGUUGUAGCUUUCGUCAGUCCAUUAAUCCUUAAGCAGCUCAUUGCUUUCUGUGAAGAUCGGACUUCGUUUGGCUGGAAUGGUUACUCCCUUGCUGGUGGUCUUUUUCUUGCUGCUGUUUUGCAGACAUUGAUGCUUCAGUACUACCAGCGUUACAACAUGCUUACUGCUGCAAAAAUUAAAACGGCUGCUGUCUGCCUUCUCUACAGAAAGUCUUUAAAUCUGGCAAAUUCUGCCCGACAGCGCUACACAACAGGAGAGAUCGUGAACCUGAUGUCCACUGAUGCACAGCAGCUCAUGGACCUGAGCCUAAACCUGAACCUGCUGUGGUCAGCUCCAUUUCAGAUCCUCAUGGCGAUCAUCUUCCUCUGGCAGGAGCUGGGUGUCUCGGUGCUGGCUGGCUUUGCUGUGCUUCUUCUAAUUAUCCCACUUAAUGCAUUCGUGGCAUCGAGAAUGAAAGCACUGAGAAAAACUCACCUGAAGGCCAAAGACCAACGAGUCAAGUUGCUGAAUGAAAUCUUGCAAGGAAUUAAGAUUCUCAAGCUUUAUGCCUGGGAGCCUUCAUUUCAAAGUAAGGUACUGGAGAUCCGGGAAAAGGAGAUAGAUGUGUUGAAAUCCUCUGGCUACCUCUCAGCAUUCUCCAUGCUGACCCUGACCUGUGUUCCCUUCCUGGUUUCACUGGCUACGUUUGGGAUGUAUGUCAUGCUGGAUGAUGCAAACGUUCUAACUGCAUCCAAAGUAUUUACAUCCAUUUCACUUUUCAACAUUUUGCGGCUGCCUUUGUUUGAUUUACCAACCGUCAUAUCGACUGUUGUUCAGACUAGGGUGUCUGUCACUCGCUUGGAAGCAUUCCUUUGUGAAGGGGAACUCAAUCCUGAUAGCGUUGAAACAGAAUACAGAGGUGGUCAUGCUGUAGGAUUUACAAAUGCUUCCUUUUGCUGGGAUAAUGUGGAGCCACCGAUACUUAAACACAUCACCUUAAAAAUUCCAGAAGGAUCUUUGAUUGCUGUGGUGGGACAAGUUGGUGCUGGAAAGUCAUCUUUUUUGUCUGCUAUCCUUGGAGAGAUGGAAAAACUAGAAGGAAGUGUCCAGAGAAAGGGUUCUGUGGCCUAUGUUUCACAGCAGGCAUGGAUCCAGAAUGCUACUCUGCAAGAAAACAUCCUGUUUGGCUCUGAACUGCAUAAUACUCGCUAUCAGCAGACCUUGAAUUCAUGUGCCUUGUUACCAGAUCUUGAUCUCCUAAUGGACGGAGACCAGACAGAGAUUGGUGAAAGGGGUGUGAACCUCAGUGGUGGGCAAAAGCAGAGGGUGAGCUUGGCCCGAGCUGUGUACAGCAAUGCAGAUAUCUACCUGUUGGAUGACCCUCUUUCUGCUGUAGAUGUGCACGUUGGAAAACAUCUCUUUGAAAAGCUGAUUGGACCACUGGGUCUUCUGAAAAACAAGACUCGCAUUCUUGUGACUCACAGCCUAACGGUCCUACCGUACGCAGACAAGAUUGUGGUGAUGGAGGACGGAAGAAUAACAGAGGUGGGAACAUAUCAAGAACUUCUUUCAAACAGGCAGAACUUUGCUGAAUUCCUGGAGACCUUCAGCAAGGAAAAAGGAAACCAUAGCAGAGCAGCUCUGGAAAGAUCUGCAAGUCUGAAAAGCAGUUUAAUAAAAAGCAGCUCACAGUGGAAAGAACAACUGUCAGCCAAAGCAAGUUUCGCUCAUGAGCCGAAGGGACCAAAUACGACGAAGAAAGAAAAAAUUGCUACAGGAAGUGUGAAAAUGUCCAUCAUUACACGAUACCUGCUGGCCUUUGGACGUUUAGGAGUGUUUUUCACUGUGGUGGCAUAUAUUGGUCAGAAUGUUACUGCCAUUUCACAGAACCUGUGGCUGAGUUCCUGGACAGCUGAGGCAAAGAAGGUCACUGACGUGAUGGAUUGGGUACACAUACGGAACAGCAGGCUCAGUGUGUAUGGCCUGCUCGGACUUGUACAAGGCCUUCUUGUUUUCUUUGGAGCAUAUAUUCUGACAAAAGGUGCAGUAAAUGCCUCCCGGACAUUGCAUCAUGAAAUGCUGAACAGUGUUCUCCAUCUACCGCUGUUAUUUUUUGAGACCACUCCAUUAGGACAGGUUAUUAACAGAUUUACAAAGGAUGUUUACGUUAUUGAUGAGCGCUUCCAUUACUACCUGAGAACCUGGAUUAACUGUAUGUUCGAUGUUAUUGGAACGGUUCUGGUAAUCUGUGCUGCCACACCAUUAUUUCUUAUGGUCAUCGUCCCCUUAGGAGUGCUGUAUCUGACUGUUCAGAGAUACUACAUAGCCAGCUCCAGACAGAUUCGCCGACUGGAUGGGGCAUCAAGGUCCCCUGUUAUCUCCCAUUUCAGUGAGACUCUCUUUGGGGUGCCUACAAUUCGGGCCUAUGGGCAUCAAGAACGAUUCACCUGUCAGAACAAGGACACAGUCAACGAAAACUUGGUUUGUUACUACAACAAUGUCAUUUCAAACAGGUGGCUUGCCAUUCGACUGGAGUUUUUGGGGAACUUAAUGAUAUUCUUUGCAGCCCUGUUUGCAGUGUUGGGUAGAGAACACCUGAGUUCUGGCACUGUGGGCUUAUCUAUUUCAUAUGCACUAAAUAUUACACAGACUUUAAACUUCUGGGUCCGUAAAGCCUGUGAAAUUGAAACGAAUGCUGUUGCCAUUGAGAGAGUUUGUGAAUACUCUGGAAUGAAAAAAGAGGCUCCAUGGAUACUACCAAAAAGACCGCCUAGAGAAUGGCCAGACAAAGGGGUCAUACAGUUUGUUAAUUACCAAGCUCGGUACCGUGAAGACCUUGGACUUGCUCUGCAAGAUAUAACAUUCCAGACAAAUAGUAAAGAGAAGGUUGGAAUUGUUGGAAGAACUGGGGCUGGUAAAUCAACCCUUACAAAUGGCUUGUUCAGAAUAAUCGAAGGUGCAGGUGGUAAAAUCCUUAUCGAUGGUAUUGACAUAGCAACACUUGGAUUACACGAUCUGCGUAGCAAGUUGAACAUCAUCCCACAGGACCCAGUUCUUUUUUCAGGAACACUACGGCAGAACCUUGACCCACUAGAAAAAUACUCUGAUAUGCAGCUGUGGGAGGCAGUAGAACUGUGUCACUUAAAGGAUUUUGUGCAGGCCCUACAUAAAAAGCUCCACCACGAAAUCUCUGAGGGAGGCGGAAAUCUUAGCGUCGGUCAGAGGCAGCUGGUGUGUUUGGCACGCGCUUUGCUGAGGAAGACAAAAAUCUUGGUUUUGGAUGAAGCAACAGCUUCCAUUGAUAUGGAGACAGACAGUGUAGUGCAGUCCACCAUUAGGAAGGAGUUUGCUGAUUGUACCGUGCUAACCAUUGCACAUCGAAUACACACUAUCAUGGAUUCCCAAAGAGUAUUGGUUUUGGACUCUGGAAGGAUUGUUGAAUUUGGGCCAGUGGAUGCCAUGAUCCAUCAGAAGGGUGCUUUCUACAAAAUGGUGUCUGAAUCUGGAUUGAUACAAAAUGCUGCCAGUGUAUCUACGGAUGAAGUUCUUCUGUUACAGUGAACCUGAACAGAGAAAUCUUUGGUGACAAAAGAGCUGGAAUGCAGAGAAGACUUGACCAGUAACUGCAUGACUCAGUGGGCACUGAUCUUAGGGACUUUUCACGGAAGUACUCAGCAAUACUUAUUAAGUACUGUGUUCUAAAUUUUACAUUGCAAUAAUAUUUGUAUUUGUUCAAAGCACAAAUAAUGUCAUCAGAAUGUGUUCCGUCAUUUAGUUCCCAUUUAAUUUUGGAAUUUAUUUCCACACUGCCACCUUUACUACAUGCAAAGGUCCUGUUACACUGUUUUAGAAGCUGAUUCACCCUUCAGUGACACAUCAGAUGAGUCCAGCUGUAUUAGCAGUGCAUUUCCAAAUUUGGCCCAAAGUGAAACAGGACAUGCAUCUGGCUGUAUCUUGUAGGGCUGAUGGCCACUAAUGAACGCAAUUUAAGAUGGAUGUGGCACAGCUACCGAGGUCACCCGUGGAACCCCACAUUUCUGCAUCAGCACAUUCUUGAAGUGUCGACCUUAGAGGGCUUUGUAAUGAGUAUGACCUCACGGCUUCUGUAACAGUAACCUACUUCAGCAUCACUGCUUAAUAUGAACAGAGGGCAUUAAAAGUUGUUUUGUGGCAUUCUGUACCCUUCAUAUGCACACAUCCUUAAGCCUAGGUGAAAUUUCUUCACAUCACUUCUGUUUCUGUAAUUUGCCACCACUUGUAGCAUAACAGACACAUACUCUUUACCUGGUUGUAGUAACACACCUUCCUGUCCUGAAAUGUCAGCAGGAGUCCUGCUUCUUCUCCCUGCAACAGCCCUUUUGUUAACUCAGUGAGCACUUGAGCAUAACUGGGUGAUAAAUCUUCCAGGAAAGGGGCAGUACCGAUUCCCAUUUCAUUGUGGCAGAGAGACUGUCAGUGCUCACGUCAUUGUUCUACAGGUAAAGCUCACCUGUAUGUCAACCUUGGCCACUCCUCUUAGUCUGAUUUUCCACGGAUUCUCCUUGUCACUCCCCAGUUGUCUUUUGCACUGCUAGCAGCAGUGAUAGUGAGCAUAUUAUCAAUGAUAAUAAUCCUGCUUGUAUUUGAAAAUGGGUUUUCUGUGUGGUUUCAUGGCCAUAAAGAGGUGUUGGUGGGGGUGCUUUGGGGUGUGCUGUGUGGUAAAACAAAGAUUUAGUAUUUUGGAAAUGUCACAUCAGGUGAUGUGCUGAUGAUGUCUGCUUUUAUUUAAUUUACAUUGCUUUUAAGAUGAGUAUUUUUUCAUGUUGAUUGAAAUGUAAUAUAAAAUUCAGUGUACCGAUUAUGUAUGAACAUUUAUCUGGACCUGCUUUUAAAUUUUGGCAGGUUAGCAGACUAGACAUAUAUAGUAGAGACAAUCAAACAGCAGGACUCAGUCAUUUGUUCAGCUAUACCAGAUAGAAGCUGCUGCUGUUUACCAGAGUCGAAGCAGGCUUAAAGGCACGAGUGACUGUUUACUUUACAGUUGGUUAAAGUGCAUGAUUGCCCAUACUUCAUAGGUUAUUUAACAUCAAAUGUGGUUUCACUUUUACAGCUAGUUGUAAGGCACCUGUACCCCCUUUUGAGUUUAAAUGAAUGUGUGAUAUUCUUUCCCUCACAGCUGGUUUGGAGAGCCUUGCUUUCUGUUAGAGUUAUACCUGCUUUCAUCAUAGCUGGAUUAAAUGCAUCAAGAUCAUCUGUCUUUAACAGCUGAUUGAAAGUUUGUCCUCUUUCCCUGACAGUUGAGUUAAUUGCAUUGGUCACUCUGCUAUGUUCUUGUUUCUUGUCUACACCAGUGACUAGGACUUAUCCAUGACACUUCAGACUGAGCGCACUGCCAAACCAAGUGCUGUCGUACAAUGUCAAAUGAAAAUAACAUAUUUUGAAGGAAGUAUUCAGCAAUAAUAGAGUCUACAAAAGAGUAGCCUUUUCAUUUUAUUUUAGAUGUUGCAACUCUCAGGUUGGAAGGUUCGUCAGAAAGCAAUUUCUUAUGACACCAAAACAGCAGGAAGAUAUUUCAGCGCAUCACAUUUCCUGCUGCAGAGUGUAUUUCUUUUGCACUGAAUAAAACUGGUUAACUAAC